CUCGCCCACCCCACUGGGGGCCCCACCGCGCCCCAGCCUCCCGUGGGCCCCGCACCAGCCCUGACCCGGGUCUCAGCGGCGGUGGCAGCCGAGGUGCAGGAUGCGAGAAGGCGCCCCCCGGCCGGGCUCCCGCUCCAGGCCUCGCUCCCCUGCGGCCCUCUGAGCCCACCAUGGCCGUCCCACCGGGCCAUGGUCCCUUCUCUGGCUUCCCAGGGCCCCAGGAACACACACAGGUAUGUGGUCAGCUGGCUCCUCACCUGCCUGGGGGCGUUCCCCUGGGCGUUCGGGGAUGCAAACCACGGCCCCGAUGCAGCAAGCUCUCCGUGGACCUCAUCAAGACCUACAAGCACAUCAAUGAGGUCUACUAUGCAAAGAAGAAGCGGCGGGCCCAGCAGGCUCCUCCUCAGGACUCAAGCACCAAGAAGGAGAAGAAGGUCCUGAACCACGGUUAUGACGAUGACAACCAUGACUACAUAGUGCGCAGUGGCGAGCGCUGGCUGGAGCGUUAUGAGAUUGACUCCCUCAUUGGCAAAGGCUCCUUUGGCCAGGUGGUGAAAGCCUAUGAUCAUCAGACCCAGGAACUGGUGGCCAUCAAGAUCAUCAAGAACAAAAAGGCCUUCCUGAACCAGGCCCAGAUUGAGCUGCGGCUGCUGGAGUUGAUGAACCAGCAUGACACGGAGAUGAAGUACUACAUCGUGCACCUGAAGCGGCACUUCAUGUUCCGGAACCACCUGUGCCUGGUGUUCGAGCUGCUUUCCUACAACCUGUAUGACCUCCUGCGCAACACGCAUUUCCGGGGUGUCUCGCUGAACCUGACACGGAAGUUGGCGCAGCAGCUCUGCACGGCGCUUCUCUUCCUGGCCACGCCCGAGCUUAGCAUCAUUCACUGCGACCUCAAGCCUGAGAACAUCCUGCUCUGCAACCCCAAGCGCAGUGCCAUCAAGAUCGUGGACUUCGGCAGUUCCUGCCAGCUUGGCCAGCGGAUUUACCAGUACAUCCAGAGCCGCUUCUACCGGUCACCCGAGGUGCUCCUGGGCACGCCCUAUGACCUGGCCAUUGACAUGUGGUCCCUGGGCUGCAUCCUGGUGGAGAUGCACACCGGAGAGCCCCUUUUUAGUGGCUCCAAUGAGGUGGACCAAAUGAAUCGGAUUGUGGAGGUGUUGGGCAUCCCACCAGCUCCCAUGCUAGACCAGGCACCCAAGGCUCGCAAGUACUUUGAACGGCUGCCUGGGGGUGGCUGGACCCUACGGAGGACAAAGGAACUCAGGAAGGAUUACCAGGGCCCUGGGACACGGCGGCUGCAGGAGGUGCUGGGCGUGCAGACGGGCGGGCCCGGGGGCCGGCGGGCGGGGGAGCCGGGCCACAGCCCCGCCGACUACCUCCGCUUCCAGGACCUGGUGCUGCGCAUGCUGGAGUAUGAGCCCGCCGCCCGCAUCAGCCCACUGGGGGCUCUGCAGCAUGGCUUCUUUCGCCGCACGGCAGAUGAAGCCACCAACACAGGCCCGGCAGGCAGCAGUGCCUCCACCUCGCCCGCCCCCCUCGACACCUGCCCCUCCUCCAGCACCGCCAGCUCCAUCUCCAGCUCUGGAGGCUCCAGUGGCUCCUCCAAUGACAACCGGACCUACCGCUACAGCAACCGAUAUUGUGGGGGCCCUGGGCCCUCCAUCACUGACUGUGAGAUGAACAGCCCCAAGGUCCCACUCUCCCAGCCGAUGCGCCCCUGGGCAGGCGGUGAUGUGCCCCACAAGACACAUCAAGCCCCCGCCUCUGCAUCAUCACUGCCAGGGGCUGGCACCCAGUUACCCCCCCAACCCCGAUGCCUUGGCCGUCCUCCAUCACCAACCUCACCACCACCUCCGGAGCUGAUGGAUGUGAGCCUGGUGGGCGGCCCUCCUGACUGCUCCCCACUCCAUCCAGCGCCUGCCCCCCAGCACUCGGCUGCCUCAGCCCUCCGGACUCGGAUGACAGGAGGUCGUCCACCCCUCCCACCCCCUGAUGACCCUGCCACUCUGGGGCCUCGCUUGGGCCUUCGUGGUGUACCCCAGAGUACGGCAGCCAGCUCAUGACCCUGCCCCUUCCCUGGGGCCCUCCUGAAGCCAUACCCCUCCCCCAUCUGGGGGCCCUAGGCUCCCAUCCUCAUCUCUCCCCUUGACUGGAAUUGCUGCUGCCCAGCCGGGGUGGGUGAGGCCUGCACUGACUGGGGCCUGGGGCAGGGGGUCAAGGAGAGGGGUUCAGGCACACCCCCACACUAAGGACUGGACCCUUGGCCCCCUCUCUCCCCUUGUUUUCUAUUUAUUGUACCAAAGACAGUGGUGGUCCAGUGGUUGGGAGACCCCCUUCACCCCAGGGCCCUAGGAAGGGGUGGGGGCAGGUAGGGGGAGAUGGCAUUGCUCCUCCUUGCUGUACCCCCCAGUAAAGAGCUUUCUCACAU